AUGGCUGUUCAGUUAUUUCCCCGGCCGCCCACCAUUUUCCCCCCGGGCGGGCGGCGGCGCCGGCCCUACAUCUUCUCCCAAAACGACGCCGUUGCGCUGCUCGCUUUUAAAUCGAAGGCGGACUUGGACAACAAGCUCCACUACACGACGAACGAGCGCUUCGACCACUGCACGUGGCAGGGCGUGAAAUGCGCGCAGGGCCGCGUCGUGCGGUACGUGGUCCAGAGCUCCGCUCGCGGCGGCGUCGCUCCGGCCAGCCUCAGCCGCCUCGACCAGCUCCGUGUACUCAGUCUCAGAAACAACUCCCUCUUCGGCCCACUCCCCGAUUUCUCCGCUCUGGUCAACCUCAAAACCCUCUUCUUUGACCACAACUACUUCUCCGGCGAAUUCCCCCUCUCUCUACUGCUCCUCCACCGUCUCCUCGUUCUCGAUUUGUCCCACAACAACUUCACCGGUUUGCUGCCGGAAAAUCUAACCGUUCUGGACCGGUUGGGUUCCCUCCGCCUCGACUCGAACCGGUUCAACGGUCCGAUUCCUCAGCUGAACCAGACAACCUUGGAAGCCUUCGACGUGUCGGAGAAUAACCUCACCGGUCCGAUCCCGGUCACCCCAACUCUCAAAAAGUUCAAGAUUUCUUCAUUUCUGCACAACCCUAAUCUCUGCGGAGAGAUUAUCCACAAGCCCUGCCACGGUUCUCCUUUCUUCAACUCCGGCGGCGGCGACGGCGGCGCCGCCGCCCCAUCACCGCCGACGCCGCUCCUGCAGAACGCGCAGUCACAGCAGGGACUAAGCGAUACUUCUGGCUUAUCCAUCAAACCCCACCGUAAAAACGUGGGUUUGAUUCUAGGUUCGAUAACCGGUGCUCUGAUUCUAGCGGCGGCGGUUCUCAGCUUAUUCGCACUGAUCAGAAAAAGAAGAGAGGAAAGAGAUGAAAGAGAUGAACAGAUUGAAGCAAAACUAGAAACCAAUCUUAUUACAGACGAACCCAUUAACACAAACACAAACAAAGCUACAAUGGACACAACAUUAACAACAACAGGAACCACAACAACCCUCUUCUCACUCCAAUCCGAAAACCAAGAUUCCGAUUUUAAAAUCUCCGAGUCGAAGAAAUCAAAAUCCCCUCUACAGAAAAGACUGAUGAAAAGUGGGAAUUUAGUCUUUUGCUCCGGGGAGGAAGAGCUGUACACAUUGGAGCAGCUGAUGAGGGCAUCGGCCGAGCUUCUCGGUAGGGGCACGAUCGGUACGACGUACAAAGCGGUAAUGGCGAAUCAGUUAAUCGUGACUGUAAAAAGAUUGGACGCGUGCAAAACCGCCGUUACAAGCGGCGAGGAAUUCGAGCAGCAUAUGGAGAGUGUUGGCGUGCUCAGGCAUCCCAAUUUAGUCCCUGUUAGAGCUUAUUUUCAGGCCAAACAAGAAAGGUUGAUCGUUCUUGAUUACCAGCCCAAUGGCAGCCUCUUCAAUCUUAUCCACGGUUCAAGAUCCACUCGGGCGAAGCCACUCCACUGGACUUCAUGUCUGAAAAUCGCGGAAGACGUGGCUCAAGGCCUAGCCUACAUCCACCAAGCGUCGAAAACCAUACACGGAAACCUAAAAUCCUCGAACGUGCUGCUCGGUUCCGAUUUCGAAGCAUGCAUAACCGACUACUGCCUCGCCAUGCUGGCAAUCGACACGUCAUCAGAAGACGACCCCGAUAACGCGAGCCACUACAGAGCACCCGAAAUACGAAAGUCCGCUAAGAGAGCCACCGCGAAGUCCGACGUGUACGCUUUUGGGGUUCUUGUUUUGGAGCUGCUGACAGGCAAGCCGCCACGUCAGCACCCUUGCCUGGCCCCGCCGGACAUGCCGGACUGGGUGCGGGCGAUGAGGGAUGACGACAGCGAGGAUGACAUGAGGCUGAGGAUGCUGGUUGAGGUGGCGAGUUUCUGUAGCUUGAGUUCGCCGGAGCAAAGGCCGACGAUGUGGCAGGUUUUGAAGAUGAUUACUAAUAUUAAGGAGUUUAUGGAGGAUGAUAGUCCUUCAUGAUAUGGUUAAAAGAGUAGUCUUGAUCACAGGAUUAAAUUCUUUUUAGUUUUGGUUUUUGGGAUGUGAUUGUGCUUAAGGUUUAUAUUUGAAUAUGGCUUUUUUAUAUGGUGCUCCAAGUUUUUGAGCAUUUUGAUUAUGUUCUGCAUUAGUGUUCUUUUGGUUCUUUGAAUUAAAUUAAACUGCAGUUGACUUAA